AUGAAAAAGAGGAGAACACUCACGGCAACAGCGAUACUGCUCGUUCAAGUCAUUACACAACACUGGGGGGGGGUCUGCUUUAAGAGGACGAACAACGUUGUGCAGAUCUUAAAUGAGCAUCUCUGCCAGGGACGAAGUAAAGCAGUUAUCCCUUGCUUCGUAGCGGUGGAAGCAUAUGGCCGAAAACGCAAACACGCAUUAAAUGAGCACCGAAAUAGAAUUAGGGACGUAAUUAAGCAAUCGGUGAAUCUUCCCGUGCAGGUUAUGCCGACCACGUAUGCCAGCUUCGACAGGCAGAAACACAUACAGGACCUCUGGAACAGCGAACGGGUUUACGAAAGACGCAACUUCGCCAAUGUGAAGAAGUGCAUAGGGCAUGGGAGGAAGAAGGGAAAAGAAGCUACCCAUGGAGAGGAGAAAAAGCGGUUCAGCAGAUGUGGAAAGCUCACGAGGGGAGAAGAACCCAUUCGGACAGAACCGCUGAUAAAGAAAAAAAACGUCGUAACAAAUUUGAGAUGGACAGAAGUUAUUGGCAGUAUCUCCAACCAGGAGAGGCAUACCGAGGAUCGAUACAGAAGGGAUCAUAAUGUAAACCAAUUUGGAGAGUCCAGCCAAAAUGUCGAAAAAAAGAGAAAAAAAAAAGAGAAAAAAAGACUAGUCCAUUUUUACAGGAAGAUAUAUGAUAAGAUACGAAUCAUUCACGAUGGACCACCCUAUGCAAACAACGACAUUCACAUCGGACACAUACUGAACAAGAUUGUAAAAGACAUAUAUUUAAAAUAUCUCCUAAUGAGCAAUUACUGCGUGAUGUUGAUUCACGGGUUCGACACACAUGGGCUUCCCAUUGAAUACCAGGUGAUGAAGAUGCUUAACAUUAGGAACGUCCAGGAGCUGAGCCUGCCAGACUGCUCAGAAGUGAGUGGCAAUCAGUCCCAAGUUUUUAUGCCCCAUCAGGACAACACCCCGGAGGGAAAAACUGAGGGGCAUUCCCCUCCCAGGUGGCUCAGCAGAAGGGAGAAUCGACAUACAUUGGACAAGUGGCAGCAUCGGGAGAUGCAUCCGAAUCGGUCGAACGAGAGACCUCCUACCACCUUUCUGCAUGAUCUGCUGCGCAAGGAGGACGUCCCUCUUGUGAGUCCCAGUCGGGAGGAGAAAAAAAUAAUCUACUUCAAACGUCUGUGCAAGUCGUACGCCGCCCACUUCAUCAAUGAGCAAUUCAUGUCUUUGGUGUCCUACGGCAUAUGGGGCCUGUGGGAUUAUACAUAUGUCACGUUUUAUGAUCUCUAUGAGGACAUCCAGAGGGCCGUCUUUCGGAGCCUCCUCGAGCAGAAGCACAUAUACGUGAGCAACCGACCCAUAUACCACAGCUACGCGACGCAGACGGUGCUGUCAGACAGUGAGAUUAUCUACAAAAAGAGGAUCUGCAACUCGUUUUACUUUUUCUUCGAUCUGCACAGGGUGAGUGACUCCUUAGCUCUGAAAAUGUUGGGGGCCAGUGUGGAGAACGAACUGAUUAGGGAGAUGCUUCAAGUGGGGGAUGAGGAGGUGGCAGAUCAGAAAGAAGCAGAUCAGGUGACAGAUCCCGAAGUGGAUAUGCUUCGCAUCAGCUUGGGUUCCCCCCCCAAGGAGGAAGCACUAACAAAGUUGCUACAUCGAGCGAAGGAAAUGAUAAAGAAGAAGCUGAAGGUUCUCGUGUUUACCACCCAAAUGUACACCAUCUUUAACAACAAGUGUCUGCUGAUUCAUGCGGAGUAUCCAUACGACAUUGUCAAGAUGACGUUUGAAAAAGGAGAGUCCCUUUUUUUCCUCAUCUGUGACAAGUCACUAGACAUGUUCCUCGAUUAUUUAAAGAAAUAUUACUCCAAGGAGGACAAGAUUCUCAAGGUGAAAAAAGUAGUAACCAUCAAAGGGAAGGAACUGGCCACGUGUACUUACCUCAACUUUGUGAACCAAGUGGCUAGUCCUUUUGUCCUCGUGUCGAAAAAUGAAAUUAAUGAGUCUUUCGGCUCUGGCAUUGUGCAUGUGGCCCCUUCACAUGGGUUUGCGGAUUACAGCGUGUACUAUCAGAAUAAUGAGCUGCAGAAGGUGCACCUCACCGGGGAGCACUACAAGGAGGAGAAGCGGCGGCGGGGGACGGUAAUGGACUGUCUCGCAGGAAUGGAGAACAUUGGGAAGAUUCGCGAUAUUGGAGAAGGUGCCCACAUUGGAGAAGCCACCUCCGUGGAGGAAAACGUGAUCGACCAGAAUGACGACCUGAAGGAGGAGUACGCAGAGGUGGUCCGCCAAAACUGCCAAAGAAACGCAGAGCUGAUAAGGCGGGAAGCGGUAUCGGCUAAGGGGAAGAGGAACCCUCUUCUUAGCAACCUCCUACGUAGCGGCAUGGGACCCCCCCCAAAAAUCAACAUAAACCAGGGGGACAUCCACCUGCUCCUUUACUAUGCCUUUCAUGACCAUGUCCUGUUUCAUUUCCCCUAUGAACACCUCUACACAUAUGACUGGCGAUCUCACACGCCGGUGCAGAUCAAAUCUCUUCUCCAAAUUUACGUCGACAUAGAGAAGAUAAAGCAGGAGAAAUUAUUUUAUGAGAGCAUUAGGAGGAUAAAGUUUGUGAAUGAUCAUGUGAAGGACGCCUUAAUAAAGACAAUUGAGAAUCGAAAUGAGUGGUGCAUCAGCAGGCAGAAGUACUGGGGGGUGAACAUCCCCCUGAGGGAUUUACUCCUAAGUGGGGACUCCAAGGUGGCAUUCCGCCGAGUAAGCUUCUGCCAGCAGAUCAUGGACGUCUGGUUUGACUCCUCCGUUUCGUACCUCUACGUUAUGCACAUGUGCAGGCACAUUCUCUUUAAUGAGUACCUUAGAAGGUUGGUCCCUCAUGGGAGGGGCAAAAAAGGCGCAGCUGCCUUGUUAGGUAAAACCACCCGCAGUGAUGAUGCCCCCUUUUUUAACAUAUACGAUGUGUAUGACGAGAUGGAGAGGGCGAACGAGGGGGGAGGCCAUCCGGGGGCCGCCAACGAGAAGAACCUCCUGAACGAUAUAAUGAGGAAAAGGAAAAUAUUCAAUCCCGAAGUAAUGUAUGAGCGGCUAAUGAAGCGACUGAGAAGUAAGAGAAAUUACUACAAGGUGGGAAGUGCCAGCCAGAUUGUCCAUCCGGGCAAGGAGCAAAAAGGGGGAGACUUCUCUUUCGUGAAGGAUAUGGGCAUACACCUGUGCUGCGAGGGGGUGGACCAGAUAAGGGGGUGGUUCCAGUCCUUCUUCUUUAUCUACUUCUUCCUGAACGGUGUUCACAGGAGGAGGGGUGCGGUGGGGGAAGAUGCGGGGCCAAAUGGGGAGCGAAACGCGGAUGCGACUUCGGAUGCAACUGCCGACCCAGACGCCGACCCAAACGUGUCUGCCUCCCUCCCCAUCAGCAACAUCAUCGUACAUAACUACGUCGUGGAUGCCAACAACGUGAAGCUGAGCAAAAGUCUCAACAAUGUGGUCUCCCCCCGUAAAUUGUUCCCGCAGAUGGCGAGCCGCAGUAGCACUGCUGACGCCGUAUCAAGUGGUGUAGCUUCAACGGGAGGAGCUUCCACGGGAGGAGCUUCCAGGGAAGGCGGUGUCACGGGGAGGAAGCCGCUAACCGAGGCAACCCAGAUAAAGAACACCCCCUCAAGAAGGAACACCCCCCACGGUGGAAAAUACUUCAACGCGGACAUCGUGCGGCUGUGGGUCUGCUGUUACAAUUUCGUGAACAGAAAUGUGUCAAUAAGUCCCCAAAUUUUGGAAGACAUAAAUAAGCAUAUUUACCUGAAGCUUUAUAACACAUUUAAAUUUUUACUGAACAAUCUGCACGAUAUGGAUUUUUCCGACGUGAAAGUGGAGGGGAGAGAAGACCUCCAGAUGAUGGACCAAUAUAUAUUGUCCAAAAAGAACGAUAUGAUUGGAUGCUGUUUGGAGGCUUACACAAAAUUUCAAUUGCAGCUUCUCAUGAAACAUGCACUCAAUUUUGUUAAUCGCAAUUUGGCUAUAUACCUUGAUUACUGCAAGGAUAGACUGUACGUACAUGAGAGGACCUCCCUGAGCAGGAUAAACUGUCAGAAGAUUCUUCACAGCGUGCUGGUCGACAUGCUCAAGGUGCUUGCCCCCGUCGUCCCCCACUUGUGUGAGGACGUGUACGGCAGGCUGCUAUCCUUAAAGGGGGAGAGGCUUGGAAAUCUUCCCCUUCAAAAAAGGAAAUCACAGAAGCCGAAGUCACUUUUCUUUUGCGAAAUGCCAACCAUUAAAAAGAGAAAAGACGUCCAUUUGGAAACCCUUUUCUUGAUAAGAUAUUUUGUGCAUAAACAGAUGAAUACAUUUUUGUCAAACUCUCUCGAGGGAAUAGUUUAUCUCCAUUCAGACAGCGAAGAGAUAAUCACUCUGAUAAAGCAUUUUUUGAAAACGUCCAAUCCACUGUCCAGUUUUAAUAACCAUGAUGACCUUCGCUUUCUCUUUAACGUCUCCAACGUUGUCCUAUGUGAAGACAUAACGGAGCUGCAGAAGAGAGACCCAUCGUUCCGCACGUACAGGAUUCCACUUCUUCCGGCGGGGGAGGCACCCCCACAACGGUGUGAAGAGGUGGACCAGCUGUUGCGGGGGGGCCAAACUGAGGAGGACCCCUUCCACGACAUGCUUCGCGCGGGGAGCGCCUCCAAGAAGGUCUACAUAAGCGUGGGGAUCGCCAAAUCCGAUGGGUCCAAGUGCAGCAGGUGCUGGAUGUACGGAACGGUCAGCCCCUUUGAAGGGGAACUCCUCUGCCCGAGGUGUCUUGGCGUGGUGAAGACAUACUUCGAUUAG